UUCGAUUCUAUACAAGUACUAAAUACUUUCUUUUUAAACUCCCGACUCCUUAGAAUAAUCGCUACAUGCACUCUCUCCAAAUAUUUGCCCUCCCAAUUACCCUUUGCGCCUUCUCUCAACAAACGACGUAUUAAUUACUCACAACUUCCUGCACGACUCUAAACGCCAUAGUUGCCCUUCGUCAGAGUGGAGAAGGGACAGGAAAAAAAGGGGGGGCGAUUAUAUCCGCGAUGAAGCGCACGUACCUGGCAUUUCAGCGAAACGGCCAUCUAUCGACGCUGCAGGUCGUCGUCACCGCCGUCCGGACGGUCGCGUCGCUCGAGGAGAGCAACCGGAGCCUCUUCAAGGGGGCCAGGGACGACGACCACGUCGUCGUCACCGACUCGACCAUCUUCCACCCGCAGGGAGGGGGCCAGCCCUCGGACGUGGGCGCCAUGACGGCCGAGGGCGAGGGCGAGGGCGGGGCCCGGUUUGACGUGCACAUGGUGCGCAUGAGCGCCGUCGCCCAGGGCGAGGUGCUGCACUGCGGGCGCUUCGCCAACCCCUCGGCCGGCUUGUUCCGGCCGGGCGACCGGGUGACGCAGCGGAUCGACGUGGAGAAGCGGCUGCUGUACUCGCGCUACCACACCGCCGGCCACGUGCUGGGCGCCGCGGUGCGGCACCUGCUCGAGAAGGAGGUGGAGGGGUUCGACGAGACCAAGGCGUCGCACUUUCCGGACUCGGCCGCCUGCGAGUUCCAGGGCCUGAUCGAGGCCCGGUGGAAGGACGCGAUCCAGAGCAAGGUGGACGAGUACAUCGACAAGGACAUGGCGGUCGAGAUCGAGUGGUGGGACGAGGACGACUUCCGGGCCAACGGCAUGGGGAGGCAGAUCCCCGACCGGGCCGCCAUGGGCUUGGCCGACGACGAAAAGUUCCGCGUCGUCCGCAUCGUCGGCGCCGAGACGUACCCCUGCGGCGGCACCCACGUCCAGAGCACCAAGCUCUGUGGCAGGACCAUGGUCAAGAAGAUCAGCCGGUCCAAGGGGACGAGCAGGGUGGGAUACACGCUACCCUGAGCUCGUUCGGCUCGCCAGGUUGGCUCGAGACGAUGGCGUGUAUGUACUGUACAUAGAUGGGUACGGUGCCUAUAAUUAGACUCUAGACUUCGCAAGUGUAUAAUAUUAUGUUGUGCAAAGUGAGAACUGAAAUCGGUGAGAAUGUUGAAACUUGCUCUCCUUACGAUGUGUACGGGGGGCAAAAGGCUUGACAUGAUGAACUAUCAUCAGUCCGCCUAGCUGGCUUUCGUUGUUUGUAUUUCUCUACCCGGAGAUUGUGACCAAGAUACAACGCUUAAGAUGAUUCACUUCUAUCCG